AUUUUUAUUUUUAUUUUUUCCCAUCCCCAACCGACCGGAGAGUUUUGAGAAAAGUAGCAAUGUUGCAGCGAACUGGAGUAAAAAUGAGAAUUUGUAGUAACAUUUUUCAACCACAAGGGGGCAGUUAUGACCUGCUUACGUCAUGUCAAACAGCAGGUGGCGGUAAUGCGCUAUGACGUUGGUUUGUACUCCGCCUGAAGCUCGAAACAGACGAAGAAGGCAAACAGGAGGGAGACACCCUGGCCUGUAGCAGAGUUAGCAUUUUGCCGCUUCACUUAYGUUGCAGCCGCUUGGCUCUUUUUCCUGACUUGCACAAGAUCUUAUGGUGCAAAUACAAAGUGGACUAUGACAGGAGCAACCAUGCAUCUAUUGAGGACAUUUUUUAACCUAAGUGCUAAGUGGCUUUACUGAGUGCCAUAUGAGGACCAUUUUCACCUGUGUCUGGAUAGUAAUUUUGUUGCACAAUCAGGUCCAAAGUGAUGCCAUCGGCUCACAGACAAAAUAAUUUAGUCAUGGAAAGACAGACAGCAGUGAAUAAUGUUGCUUCAGCACAAUUAAGUGGAGAAUCAAGUACCUUCAUCUGCACCGAGUGUGGUGAUGGAUUCAGUCAGUACUCCAAUGUGUUGACCCAUAUGAUCGUUCAUGGACCUUUAGAGUCAUUUUCCUUUGAUGGCUCAUCUUAUGGAUUUGAAAUUCCUCGGGAAUAUGUGCUUCAGGAAAAUGGUACAUUGACAGCUAUAAAUGGUUUGCCACCAUCCCAUUCUUCAAAUUCCCCUGUGAAACCAGUGUCUCCUGGGGUAUUGCCAUCACCUUUACCCUUGCCUGUUAAGCCAAAGUCUCCAAUUUUGAGGUCACAGCCCUCUUUACUCAAAGAUGCAUUAAAGCCUAGACCAUUGAACUUGGGCAAGACUCAGCAGAGUCACUAUCGUUGUGAAAYAUGUAACAAGUCAUUUAACAGUCUGCAGAGUUUACAUUGCCACCAGCAAAAUCRAAACUCAGAGAGAGGCUACAGGUGCACAUUGUGCUGCAAGAUCUUUGAAGAUCAACAUAACUUCAAGAAGCAUCUUCAGAGCCACGUCAGUGAACGAUUUAACUACUGUGGUCAUUGUGGUAAGAGAUUCCUCAAAAUGGAUGCACUAAAUGCUCAUCAAAAAGAAAAUCACUCCUUCCCCAAAGCUUUGGGAGAAAAUGAUGAAAAAAGGUCGGAGAAAGCUUAUACCUGUAAGAAGUGCAAGCUGAGUUUCUUCUGGAUGUCAGAUUUCCAGAUACACUCUGUGUAUUACUGCAAGGGACAAGAACCUGAGGUCCUUUUUUCAUCUGAUACAGAAAUGGAAGUGGAUUCUAAGGAUCCUGAAGACAUGCCUCUUGUAAACUGCCACAACAACGGCACAUCUGAUGAUGUAAAGAAUGGAGAUAGUAAAACCUCGAAGGACACCAGCGAUGAGGGUGACUUGAAACCCACCUUCACACCAUACAGAUGCGGUUUAUGUGGGGAUCGUUUUGAGAAGUUGUCUGAUCUGAAAGAACAUCAUCUAACACAUCAAACACAGGAAGAAAUAGAUAGGCUUAAUCAGGAGUCACUGAAUAUUUUCAAGCGAAGAAUCCUAUCUAAAGGCAGAAAAAGAAGAGAUCCAAAUGGAAAACUACAUCCAUGCAAGCACUGCCAUCGUGUUUUUAAUCAUUCUAGUAGUUUAUCUCGACACAUGAGAUAUCAUAAAGGUACCAUGCACAAUUGUACAGUUUGUGGUAGACUUUUUCCCCAGCGCUGUGACUUAAGAAGACACCUUGCUAUGUACCACAAAGCUGAAUUAGAAAAAAAACCAGCAUUGAAACACUUCUACACUAAUCCACAAAAUGGACCUUCCAAUUCUGUUGAUGUUGAGAAAAGCACAGACACUCCUGACRAGAACACCUCGAACAAUGAACAGACAGCAGAGAGAAGUUCACAAGAUAGACAGUCAGGAAAAACAACCCGAGGCAAAUACAAGUGUCAUGAAUGUGGGAAAAAAUUUGGGCUUUUAUGUGUAUAUCAACGACACUUACGCUACCACAAGAAAGAACCAAAUAAGUGUCUCCAGUGUCCAGCUCAGUUCAAGAAUGCAUCCUCCCUUGAGCUUCAUCUUCAAAAUCACCCCAAAAUUGAAAAAGCAGGCGAUGACAUUGGACAAACUUCUCAUGACACUGGAACAGAUGCUGAAAAGGCCCUUGAAAAUAACAAUGUCGAAGAUAUGGAGGAUGACUGUGUGGACCAAAAAGAAACUGAUAAAGGAAGUUCCUCAGAUGCUCUUUACGAAUGCACAGAGUGCAAAGAGACAUUCUUGUGCUUGGACACAUUCCUUCAGCACCAAACAUCUCAUGGCUCAGAAAAAACAACUAAGGACUGAAAGCCAAAAAAGAAAGCAUAGGGGAAGAGGGCUUUGUUUAUCAAAUGCACAUUGUAAAAGAUUAAGAAAAAUUACAACAUAUGCCUGUGGUGGAAAACAUAAAAGCAUCAACCUAAAACCUACCACCAGCUUUGAUUGCUUUUAGGUUGGAAGUCUCAUUAGCAGCGGUAAAUAUUUUUGAGUUUCAUUGUUUUAGUGACUUUACAAUUUCUUGUAAAACAUAUUGUUUCUUUUUUUAUUAAAAUGCAUUUAUGCCAUUAAAGUACUUUUUAAGUGUUUGCAAACAUUUUAAAAACCUAACAUUGUCACUUAGAGAAUUUAGUAAAUAAAAAAUUGGGGAAUAUUUAA